GAACUCCAACAUUCGGCAGAAUACGUUCUUUUCAAAUGUUUUGAUUUGAGACGUGGUAGAGAAAGAAAAUUUAGUUUCAAGAGAAGUCGCUGAGGGUAUUUUUGUAUACCCUUUUGACGAAGAACACAGCAAAGUUUAAGGACAAGAUUUUAAGAAAAUGGGCUUUAAGUUUUUGGAGUUGUUGAAGCCGUUUAUUUCGGUGCUUCCUGAAGUAUCCAAACCUGAAAGAAAGAUUCAAUUUCGUGAAAAAGUAUUAUGGACAGCUAUCACCUUAUUUAUCUUCUUGGUCUGUUGCCAGAUCCCACUCUUUGGUAUUAUGUCAUCUGAUUCUGCUGAUCCAUUUUAUUGGCUUCGUGUUAUUAUGGCUUCCAACAGAGGAACACUUAUGGAGUUGGGUAUAUCACCUAUUGUAACUUCUGGAUUGAUCAUGCAACUUCUUGCUGGUGCUAAAAUUUUGGAAGUUGGUGAUACUCCACGUGACCGUGCUUUGUUUAAUGGUGCUCAAAAACUAUUUGGUAUGAUUAUCACAAUUGGUCAAGCCAUUGUUUAUGUCAUGACUGGAAUGUAUGGUGAUCCAAGUGAACUUGGGGCUGGUGUUUGUCUUCUCAUCAUUAUCCAGUUGUUCUGUGCUGGUUUAAUCGUGUUGUUACUUGAUGAACUCUUGCAGAAAGGAUAUGGUUUGGGAUCUGGUAUUUCUCUGUUUAUUGCCACUAAUAUCUGUGAAACCAUUGUGUGGAAAGCAUUCAGUCCGGCAACUGUCAACACCGGAAGAGGAACUGAAUUUGAAGGUGCUAUUAUUGCUUUAUUCCAUCUUCUUGCUACUCGAACUGAUAAAGUCCGUGGUCUUCGUGAGGCCUUCUACAGACAAAAUUUACCUAACUUAAUGAAUUUGUUAGCUACUGUUUUCGUGUUUGGUAUUGUUAUAUACUUCCAGGGAUUCAGAGUGGAUCUUCCAAUCAAGUCUGCUCGUUACAGAGGACAAUACAGUUCUUACCCAAUCAAGUUGUUCUACACAUCAAACAUUCCAAUUAUUUUACAGAGUGCUUUGGUUUCAAAUAUUUACAUUAUCUCACAAAUGUUGUCAACAAAAUUCUCUGGCAACUUUUUCAUCAAUUUGCUUGGUGUGUGGAAUGAAGCUGGUGGCCCUACUCGAUCUUAUCCAAUUGGUGGAUUAUGUUACUAUCUGUCGCCUCCAGAAUCACUUAGUCAAAUAGGAGUUGAUCCUAUCCAUGCACUUGUUUACAUUAUAUUCAUGUUAGGGUCUUGUGCCUUUUUUUCUAAAACAUGGAUCGAUGUUUCUGGCUCGUCUGCAAAAGAUGUUGCCAAACAACUUAAAGAGCAACAAAUGGUUAUGAGAGGACAUCGAGAAAAAUCAAUGAUUCAUGAACUUAACAGAUACAUUCCAACUGCAGCUGCAUUUGGUGGUUUGUGUAUUGGAGCUUUAUCUGUCCUUGCUGAUUUUAUGGGUGCAAUUGGUUCUGGUACUGGAAUUCUCUUAGCUGUUACUAUCAUUUAUCAGUAUUUCGAGAUUUUCGUUAAAGAACAGAGCGAACAAGGAGGAAUGGGAACACUGCUCUUUUAAGUUGACAGUGACUAGAACAUUUGAAAAUGCAUGUAAAUUGUAGGGUUUUGAGAAUUUGAUAUUGGUGUGAAUGUGUGACCGCGUGAAAUGAAAGUUGUAUUACAUCCCGUCUAAAGUGAGAAUUCGCCCAGGAACGAUUUGAAUCAGAUCCUACCUGGGCAUGUUUUAUACUUUUUGUCAAGUUACAUUUAGCCAGCAUAAAGGCCAAGUCCAUGAGGGUCUUAAGAUAGAAUUCUUUUUUUAGAUCUUGUCAUGCUGUUUUAUUGAUUUUGAAUAUUUUAUUACCAUUUACGAAAAUUUUUUCAUAUUUUUACAUUUCAUAUUGAUGGGUGUAUUUACUGUGAGUAGAAAGUUCUUUAUAAUAUCGCAAGUCUCAGCAAGAAGAAAUAUAAGUUAUUGUGACUGGAAAAAGAUUAUUAAUGAAUUUA